UCUCGCAGUAUGAGAUGUACACUAUUGAGAGGAAUGCUGAAAGGACAGCGUCUGCGGGCAGGCUGCUGUACGACAUGUUUGUGAAUUUUCCAGACCAACCUGCUGUAUGGAGGGAGAUUAGUGUUAUUACAUCAGCAUUAAGGAAUGACUCGCAGGACAAGCAGACACAAUUUUUAAGAGGAUUAUUUGAAACCCUUCCUGGUCGGGUCCAGUGUGAAAUGUUACUGAAGGCCACAGAGCAGUGUUUUAACACAUUAGAAAGGGCAGAAAUGCUACUACUACUUUUGCGACGUUUCCCAGAGACUGUGGUGCAACAUGGGGUAGGCCUUGGAGAAACGUUAUUAGACGCUGAAAGUAUUGAAGACCAAGAAUCCCCAGUGAAUUGUUUUAGAAAACUAUUUGUUUGUGAUGUUCUUCCUCUAAUAAUUAACAACCCUGAUGUUCGACUUCCUGCCAGCUUGUUAUAUAAAUAUCUGAAUAAAGCAGCGGAAUUUUAUAUUAACUAUGUAACUAGAUCUACACAGACGGAAAGCCAAUAUCAAGGUUCACAAGAUUCCUCUGAUAUUAUGUCUCCAAGCAAGCGUAGCUCUCAGAAGUAUGUAAUAGAUGGUCUCACAGAGAAAUCAUCCCAGAUUACAGAUCCUUGGGAGAGGCUAUUUAAAAUAUUGUCUGUGGUGGGAAUGAGGUGUGAAUGGCAAAUGGAUAAGGGAAGAAGAAGUUUUGGUGAUAUUUUGCAUCGAAUGAAAGACCUCUGCAGAUAUAUCAGUAACUUUGAUAGUGAUGCACAUGCUAAAUAUAAGAAUCAAGUAGUGUAUUCCACGAUGUUGGUCUUCUUUAAAAAUGCAUUCCAGUAUGUCAGCAACAUCCAGCCAUCGCUCUUUCAAGGUCCAAAUGCUCCAAACCAAGCCCCACUGGUUCUUCUCGAGGAUGUGACCAACAUCUAUGGUGAUACAGAUAUUGAUCGUAACAAACACAUACACAAAAAGAGGAAACUUGCUGAAGGAAGAGAAAAAACAAUGAGCUCAGAUGAUGAGGAUCCUUCUGGGAAGGCGCGAAGUCGCCACAUUACAGUAAACAAGGCAGAUCUUGCAAAUUCUAUUGAAGUAUUGGAGAGCUUUAAACUGGCAAGAGAGAGCUGGGAGCUGCUCUAUUCUCUGGAAUCACUUGACAAAGAGUUCACCAGAAUUUGUUUGUCAUGGAAGACAGACACCUGGCUUUGGUUAAGAAUCUUUCUUACAGACAUGAUCAUCUACCAGGGGCAGUACAAAAAAGCAAUUAGCAGCCUACACCACUUGGCAGCUCUUCAGGGUUCUCAUUCUCCGCAGCAAAUUACAGGACAAGGAUCACUAGAAAAUCAGAGAGCACUAAUCCAGUUAGCAACAUGCCACUUUGCCCUUGGAGAGUAUCGGCAAACAUGCGAAAAAGUGCUUGACCUCAUGUGCUGUAUUUUACUUCCAGUACAAGAAGGAGGUAAAGUACCAGAGGAGCAACCUAAAGUAAAGUCUAAAUUCAGGAAAGGGUCUGAUUUGAAGCUUUGGCCAUGUACCAGUAGAGCUAUCAUGCCUUACUGCCUUCACCUGUUGUUAGCUUGUUUCAAGCUCCGAGCUUUCACAGACAGCAGAGAUGAUAUGGCGCUGGGCCACGUAGUUGUUCUGCUGCAGCAUGAGUGGCCAAGGGGUGAGAACUUGUUCCUGAAAGCCAUCAACAAAAUCUGCCAACAAGGAAACUUCCAGUAUGAGAAUUUUUUCAACUAUGUCACAAAUAUUGAUAUGUUGGAGGAAUUUGCUUAUCUAAGAACACAGGAAGGAGGGAAAAUUCAUCUGGAACUGCUGCCAAAUCAAGCGAUGUUGAUCAAGCAUCAUACAGUUACCCGGGGUAUAACUAAAGGAGUGAAAGAAGAUUUCCGCCUGGCCAUGGAGCGCCAGGUCUCGCGCUGUGGGGAAAAUCUCAUGGUGGUGUUGCAUAGGUUCUGCAUUAAUGAGAAAAUAUUGCUGCUUCAGACUCUUGCUUAAACGGACUGGACCACGAUGCAGCGCCUCUUACGGAGGAGAGGGGAAGGGUCUUAAUUGUAUGAACGGCAGCGUGGUGGUGGAAAAUCGCUUGUCCAGAGGGUCAAAGGAGUUCCCUAUGAGUGACAGGUUCUGCAAUACACAAACACUACUCAGUGUUUGUUCAGUGCUUAGUUUUCUUCUGUGGGUAGAUCAAACUUUCUAAAUAAAACUUUGUUUAAGAAGUC